AAACAUCUGGUAUCUUUUUUUUUUUUGGGGGUGUCGACACAUUCAAUUAUAUCACCCCUUUGUGACCCUUACCUUCCUUCCACUUCCGCCGCCCGUAGGUCGUCGCUGCAUCAAGUUUCCGUCCGUUCAUUCUCAAGUUAGUUUCCUUCCAAUUCUACCUCUCUUUUUUUUUUUUUUAAUUUCUCUUAUUUUUCCUUAUUCGAAUAUACCCUUACGAGAGAGAGAGAUCGAUCCGUCUCCGCCUCUCCUUCCGUGAUUCAAGAUCUCUCGUGAUAUAGUUUAAAAGCCGAAGCAAUGGUUGAUUUAGAUGACUUGCUUUUGGAAGCUGCUGGGAGAACAAACGCAGCUCCUCCUUCUAGGUCCCGUCCUCCUUCGAGGAGACGUGAAGGUUCUUACUCCGAUGGUGGCAGCGAUUCAAACUCUGAUGCAGAUUGUGGCUAUCCAUCAAGUAGAAAGCCUUCUGCUUCUCAAGUUCCUUUAAAGAAGAGACUAGAGGCAGAGAGAGAUGCCACAUCUGAUCCUGAAGGUGUCAGCAGCGACGACGAGGACUCUGAUUUCGGUGACGACCUUUACAAGAACGAGGAGGACAGGCAGAAGCUUGCUGGGAUGACUGAGUUUCAGAGGGAGAUGAUUCUCGCCGAACGCGCUGACAAGAAAGGUGACAAGAGCUUCACUGAGAAGCUUAGGUCCAAGAGGGAAAACGACAAGACAACCACCACCCCUGUUUCCCUAAAGAACACUCACCCUCCUCCUGCCUCUCGCGGUGUUCGCUCUUCUGCUAGAUCUGCUGACAGAGCCGCUGCAAAGGAUGAUGCUUUGAACGAGCUGAGGGCUAAGCGUAUGAAGCAGCAGCAGGACCCUGCUGCUCUCAGGAAGCUCAGGGAUGCAUCCAAAGGUGGUUCAGGUAGCAGAGAUUUCUCCUCGAUGAAGAGGAAACAUUUAGCUAGCUCAAGUGAUAGUGAUAGGUCUCAGAGUGACGAUGAAGGCUCCAAUGGAGGAAUGGUCGACAGUGAUGACGACAGGUCAGAUGUGCCUACGUAUGAGGAUAUUAAGGAGAUUACUAUUAGGCGGUCUAAGCUUGCUAAAUGGUUUAUGGAGCCUUUCUUUGAGGAGCUCAUCGUUGGUUGCUUUGUGAGAGUUGGGAUUGGAAGGUCGAAGAGUGGUCCCAUUUACAGACUCUGCAUGGUGAAGAAUGUUGAUGCAGCUGAUCCGGACAAGGCGUACAAGCUAGAGAACAAGACUACACACAAGUACCUUAACGUGUUCUGGGGUAAUGAAACCUCUGCUGCUCGUUGGCAAAUGGCGAUGAUCUCAGAUGGGCAUCCUGUGGAGGAAGAGUACAGGCAAUGGAUCAGAGAGGUUGAGAGAACAAAUGGUCGCCUGCCUUCAAAGGAAGAUGUAUCAGAGAAGAAGGAAGCGAUCAAAAGAAUCAACAGCUUUGUCUACUCGGCGGAGACUGUUAAGCAGAUGUUGCAGGAGAAAAAAUCAGCCUCGGUGAGGCCGAUGAAUAUUGCAGCAGAGAAAGAUCGGCUUAGAAAAGAUUUGGAGAUUGCGGAGAGCAAAAACGAUAGAGCUGGUGUAGAGAGGAUCAAAGCUAAGAUCAAGCAGCUCGAUGCCUCACGGAAUAAGAAAGGUGUAGAUAAAAAAGCACUCAAACUCUUCGAGAUGAACAAGAAGAACAGAGCCGAGAAUUUCAAGAACGCAUCAGAGGUGAAAUCAAUCACUGCUAGUCUCAAGGCUGGUGAAGCUGGGUAUGAUCCGUUUUCAAGGAGGUGGACACGCUCAUCAAACUACUACAAUGGUAAAAACAGUGGGAAAGACGGAGGAGAGAACGAAGCCGCAGCUGCAGCAGCAGCAGCGGUUGAGGCCAAUGAAGCAGAUGCAGGCGGUGUUGAAGCGACAGAAGCAGCUUUAGAAGCGGCUGCAGAGGCAGGGAAGCUGAUAGACACAAGAGCUCCAAUAGGUCAAGGAGCGGAACACAAUCUGAUGCAUAACUUUGAGUUGCCUUUAUCCUUAACGGCAUUGCAGAAGUAUGGAGGACCUCAGGGAGUACAGAAAGCAUUCAUGGCGAGGAAACAGGUGACAGAAGCAACAGUGGGAUGCAGGGUUGUUGAGAACGAUGGUAAGAGACAUGGACUUACGUUAACUGUUAGUGAUUACAAGAGAAGGAGAGGUCUUCUCUGAUUAUUGGAUUAUGUCUCUCAAGGUCUUUUCAGUGUUUCAUCAUCUUCUUGUUAAAACUGCUGCUUGAUUUUCUUUCUUUUUGUUUGUACUCAAAAUGCUUAGAGCAAUUUGUUUUUUUUUUCCCUAAAAUACUUUUGUAUUUGUUUCUUAUGUGAACUCUCCUGAUUAGUGUAUGACUGCAUGAGAUUAGAAAUCAAGUUUGAUGCCAGUCUUGAAUUUAGAUGGCUCAGAAGA